UCUCGGCCUCGCCCAUCUCGCCUUUUGCUCUGGAUUGCGGGGGCGGCCUUCCUCCUCUUGGCAGGAGGGGGCUUUGAGGGGGGCGAGGGUGGAGCCCGAUGGGGCUGCUGCUGCUCCUGCCUCGGUGGGGACCGCUCUUGUUCCUGUUGGGGGGCUGCUUCGGCUGCUCCAGUCACUCGAUGCACUACCUAUGCACGGGGGUGUCAGGGCCCAGUCAGGGGCUGCCCUCGUUCAUUGCUGUGGGGUAUGUGGACGACCAGCCCAUUGUUAAGUACGACAGCGAAACUGAGAAGACUGUGCACCAAGUUUCCUGGAUAUUGAAAGCAGGGAAGGACAAUGCUCAGUACUGGGAAAAGAUCACCCAGGAAUUCCUCAAACUGGAUAUGAAAUUUAGCCAGUACCUGCUGAACCUACAGGAUCAAUACAAUCAGAGCAAAGGCUUUCACACACUGCAGCUCAUGUACGGCUGUGAGCUGAGCCCAGACGGGCACAAAGAAGGGUAUUACCGGUAUGGCUACGAUGGGAGGGACUUCCUCACUUUUGACAAGGAGACCCUCACCUGGACAGCAGCCGAUACGGAGGCCCGAGUGACCGAGAGGAAGUGGCAUCCUAACCUGGACCAGAACCAGCACUAUAAGCGCUACCUGGAGGAGGAAUGCAUUGAGUGGCUGCAGAGAUACCUGGACUAUGGGAAUGAGACUCUGCUGAGGACAGAGCUCCCAGUGGGGAAGGUGACGCGGCAGGCCCUUCCAGACAGCCAGGAGUCCCUCAUCUGCCAGGCCUAUGGCUUCUACCCCAGAGAGAUCAACACCACCUGGAGGAAGGACGGGGAGGUCAUGGAGCAUGCCACUUUCCGCAGGGACGUCGCUCCCAAUUCCAACGGGACCUACCACGCCUGGCUCAGCAUUAACGUGGACCCCCAGGACAGGAACCGCUAUUAUUGCCACAUAGAGCAUGCCAGCCUAACAAAGCCUCUGGUCUUGGCCUGGGAGGAGCCUGCCAAGGUGGGCCAUCCUUUAGCCAAUCUGGGAAUUGUUUUGUGGGGCUUGGCUGCUGUGUUGGCAGUGGCUGCGGUGGCUGCUGGGAUCUUCCUUGUCCUCAAGAAAGUACGGAAGGAAGCAGCCUGUGAAAGAACGUCAGCAAGCAGCCAAGAGCCCGCCAGUUCCACCAGCUCCUUCUUUGUGGACAUUGAAGCCAGCACAGAAAAAGAAAUGAGGAAAGACCUACAAAGAGGGAGGCCAGCUUCAAAUCACUUCCCUUUAAGCAAUACCUGCCUAUCCCAGUGGGGAGAGGCCUCCAGGCUGACUGGCUCCUCAGGGCUGCUUUGAGAUGGGAACGUGGUUGGCAUCUAGAACUAUCUCCCCCUCCGCUCAGCCCGUUGCAGCGAAAACAACAGACUACGCACAAAAGAACAAAGUGACAGGAGUUUUACCUCGGAGGAGUCAAAAACCGUUUCAGCCUCUCAAGACUCUCGGUUAAGUGACCUUAAAUUGGCCGUCCUGCCACCGAAAGAACAGCAAAAGGAGACUGCAAGGCAAAAGGGCCAAAUUACUGUUGCCCAAGAGGUUUGGUGCUGUCAGCUGCGGACUGAAUUGGGCGAAAGGGUUUUUUGUUGCCCUGUGACGGGCAUUGUUGUUCAUUUAUUAAAUUUCUAUAUUGCCCUAUAUCCGCAGGCCUCAGGGUGCUUCACAGGAUAAAACCACAACCCAAUCACACACCCCAAACACAUUUUAAAAGGUGUGCUGCUGGCAGGGGCUCCAGAGGCAGGGAAGAAGCCAUCCGGCCUCCUUGCCAACUCUGUUCCUUAGGUGCCCUGGUCAGACGGGAUGUUGUUGCUGAACCCAGAGGAGCAGAUUGGAAACUCCUAGGGCAAAUGGGCUUGCCUCCAGUCCGCAGGCCAGAGAAGAGGCCACAGCAGUGCAGACCUUUUUGGUCCUCUGCUUUAAUUUCAUACUGCUGAACGCAUUAUCCAGCCGAUGUGGGCGAUGUAUUAUUGGGUGGGGAUUAAAAAGGUGCCCAGAGUGAGAGUCACAGGAGCAACACAGGAAGUUGCCUCACACUAAGUCAGAGGGUCCAUCUAGCUCUAGACUGUCUGUGCCAGGGGUCCCCAAACUAAGGCCCGUGGGCCGGAUGUGGCCCAAUCGCCUUCUAAAUCUGGCCUGCGGACGGUCCGGGAAUCAGCAUGUUUUUACAUGAGUAGAAUAUGUCCUUUUAUUUAAAAUGCAUCUCUGGGUUAUUUGUGGGGCCUGACUGGUGUUUUUUCAUGAGAAGAAUGUGCCCUUUUAUUUAAAAUGCAUCUCUGGGUUAUUUGUGGGGCAUAGGAAUUCAUUCAUAUUUUCCCCCAAAAUAUAGUCUGGCCCCCCCCACAAGGUCUGAGGGACAGUGGACCGGCCCCCUGCUGAAAAAGUUUGCUGACCCCUGCUCUGUGCUGAUGGCAGUGGCUCUCCAGAAUUUCAUAAACGGUUCCCUCCUGGUUCUACCUGGAGAUGCUGCGGAUUGAGCCUGGAGCCAUCUGCAUGCAAGGUUCCAGCCCUGAGCUACGACCCUUCCACCAUUGGGGCUGAAUGGUUCUCCUCUGCUCAUUUGAUUCUCCACAAAAACCCUGUGAGGUAGGUUAGGCUGAGAGGCAAUGACUGGCCCAAUGUCACCCAGUUAGCUUCAUGGGCGAGGGGGGAAUUUGAACCCCGUUCUCCCAGCUCCUAGUCCAGCACACUAACCAUUACAUUACACACACCUGCUCCCAAAUCCUUCCGUUUUCAUGUCUCUUAAGGUGUCCCCCUCCUCCUCCUUCCCACUCCCCUGGAAAAAGUUCUGCCACGCCAAAAUCAGAUUGUCCUGACUGCAAUUCAAUGUGGAUCUUGGUGCUGUCCCAGACCUUCCGCUGCUCACAGACGCUUGGGGUGCCAGUGGCCCAGGAAAGGGUGUUAUCUAUGGGAGCUCCACACACAGAGGUGGGUCUGACACCUUCACUUUACAGCUUCUAUUGCUUGCUACACACCUCUUUGCCCUGCCCUUUGGCACCUCAGGUGUCCUUUUGAGAUCCACACUACCACUGUGACUGGAAUUUUUAAAAAUGAAUUUUAUAGUUGAAUUUUAGAGCCUGCUGGUGAAAUGCAGGUAACGCUUGACUUUU